CAAUCUUCCGGUUUCUAAUGGCUGUGCAAAAUGUCGCGAAAUGUCAAAUUAGUAUAUACGGCGGAGGUAGCGUGUGCGUAAUUUUUCGACGUGAUACAAUCGCGUUCGGACCAUCGGAGAAACCGGCUGAUAGCGUUGCCAUCGUUCAGGAAUUAAUCCGUCGUGACGAGAUAAAUCAGACCAGUCAGUCCGAAAUUAUGUGACGGUGUCCAAAAUAUCAGAGAGUGAUGGCUUCGAUCUGUCGACGCUGGAGACUAUGGAUAUUGCCUGUACUGACUUGCCUAUACGCACUGAUUAUUGUUAUACUCGUACCAAUCUUGUUGGUUAACUCUAUUAAGAAUGGUUUGAAGGAACAAGAUCAGGGUGCAUUGGUGGGCGGUGCCUUUGUUUUACUGGCAUUGCCCAUUGCCUUUUAUGAAAUUGUCCAGCAUAUGAUAUACUAUACACAGCCUAGGUUACAAAAAUAUAUAAUAAGGAUAUUAUGGAUGGUACCAAUUUAUGCAGUGAAUGCUUGGUUAGGUUUGGUGUAUCCUGAAGGCGGUAUAUACGUGGACAGUUUGAGAGAGUGCUAUGAAGCUUAUGUAAUAUAUAAUUUUAUGAUGUAUCUAUUGGCCUAUCUGAAUGCCGAUCAUCAAUUGGAACAUAGACUGGAGAUUUCUCCUCAAGUACAUCAUAUGUUUCCUCUAUGCUGUCUUCCCGACUGGGAAAUGGGCAGGGAAUUUGUACAUAUGUGCAAGCAUGGAAUUUUACAAUAUACAGCUGUCAGGCCUAUAACAACUGCAAUAUCAUUUAUCUGUGAGCUGAAUGGUGUUUACGGAGAGGGCGAAUUCACAGGAAAUGUGGCUUUCCCAUAUAUGGUCGCUCUAAAUAAUCUGUCGCAAUUCGUUGCUAUGUAUUGUCUGGUACUUUUUUAUCGUGCCAAUGCGGAAGCCUUGAAACCGAUGAAGCCGGUUGGAAAAUUCCUGUGCAUCAAAGCUGUAGUAUUUUUCUCAUUCUUUCAAGGAGUGAUAAUAUCUUUAUUAGUGUACUUCGAUGUUAUAUCUAGUAUUUUUAAAACAGACGACACACACUACAUCAGGAGUAUAUCGUCAAAGUUGCAGGAUUUCUUGAUUUGCAUAGAAAUGUUUUUAGCCGCGGUGGCACAUCAUUACAGCUUUUCUUACAAACCAUUUGUCAAUUUGGCGCAAGGUCAAGCAUGGUGGGAUGCAUUUAGAGCAAUGUGGGACGUUUCCGACGUGCAUAACGACAUAAAGGAACAUUUAGGUGUCGUCGGCUCGUCCUUAAGUCGCAGGAUACGUGGACGCAGCGCAUAUCAGCAAGCCUGGGGGAGCGCAACGGAGCGUACAUCGCUAUUACCCGAGGGCGCGGUAGCAACGGCCAGAAGCGCUCCCGCCUGCUCAUUCUCGGGCUAUCAUACGGCUGAAGCCGGGCCAAACAAUAAUUCAUCCACCAAUGAAUUCGAAGAGGCGGUCGCGGAUGUGCAGGAUAAUAGUAAUAGCGUCAACACAUAACCAGAUGUCCAAGUCCAUCCAUGCGGAAACGGUACUCGUCGGUCGGCCCGCGAGACCGGCACACUUUAGCGGGGAAAUAACUCCUUAGUAUUAUUUUUAAGCGAGGAAAAGUAUAUAGUUUUGCAACAGUGUUCUCUCGCGCUAUUGUACAAAUCAUCAUCGUGGUCAUCAUACACUGUCUGUCUCAUCACACGUGCAUCGCGUCUACACCGGAUGAGAAAGUACGCGGGAUAUUUCGUGAGCACGGAGCAUCUAUGUAAUUGCGAUCAGUUCAGUGUUUUGAUAAUUUAAUUGAAAGUUUAAUGUGCAAGUGAAAUUUUUCUAUGAGUAGAGUUCGAAAUCGACUGAAUAGCGCGACCCCGCCAUUUGUUUUCCCUCCUGCGUUCUGCAACGCAUUCUAAGCCAAGCGAAAAAUCUUUAACGAAAGGAACAUCCGGUGGGUAACGCGACUAUUUGUAUAAACGCGAUCUAACACUUAGAAAUUUGAUACAAGUGACGAAUUUUAAGAGAGGGAGAACGAAAGAGAAACAAAAACUGCUUGCUACGUCCUUUAUUUUGCAAAAGACAUUCGUACGCUUUAUGUUACCAAUGAUGUACUACCAAAUAAUAUAAUGUACAUACGUUUAUACAUACGUAGAAAAAAUGCCACCUAUACAAUGAUAUUUGUACAUACCUUGGACGACCAACGUGUGUGUCGCAAUUGCGUGACACGCAUUGUCUGACAAAUGUAUACACUUGGCAUCGUCGGUGCAUUUCAAUCUCGGUGCGGGCAUUCUUGGAUCGAAUACAAAUUUUUGUGCUUAAAUAUUGAUUAAAUUGACAGGCUCCGUUUGUGUGUGAUACAUUUUAUGCGGUUAUUCAUGCUAGAUAUAUUAUUUACUCAAGAGUGUUUAAACCGGAAUCCGAAGCCACUAACGAUGCCGUGUUUUAUUUUUCUUGAUAUAUUAAACAAGGGUCACAAAAACAAGCCAUAUCCAGUUAGACAUUCAGAAUCUCUGCAGUCCUUUUUCGCUUUAUACGUACACACGCGAGUAUUUAACCCGCACUGUAUUUAUAAUUUCAACUUAUUUUAUAAUUAUAGUAUAAAUGUGUAAUAAAAGCUGUGUGCGUUUACUACAAAA